GCUUACCGUUUCCUUCACAUCCUCUGCCGCUCCGGUUCAUGAGCAGCCUGUUGGGUCUCGAGGAGGAGGAGGAGGAGGACACACAACGGGGAGCUCGCUCACCCCAGUCUCCGGCAGUCUUAGUCCGUCCCGUGCCACACUCUGCUGAGGCCACGCGCCCCAACCGACCACUGAACAUGUCCACCGGGUCGCUUAGCGACUUCGACGAUGAGGUCCUGGAAGGCAUCCUGAAGUUCGGCUCUUCCGGUAAAGACUCUGGUACGUCGAACGAGAGCACAGAGGAGAGCUCGAACUGCGAGGGCGGCUCGGCCAACAAUAAAGCUGCAGCGGGAAAGAAACGGAAAACAGCGUACAGUAGGAAGAAGGCGCCGAACAGUGUGGCCCACGAGGGGUGCGGCAAACCUGUGCAGAGGAACGCAGCCAACGCACGAGAGCGAGCGAGGAUGCGCGUGCUGUCAAAAGCGUUCUCCCGGUUGAAGAUGACAUUACCGUGGGUCCCACCGGACACCAAGCUCUCCAAACUGGACACGCUGCGCCUUGCCUCGAGCUACAUCGCCCAUCUACGGCAGAUCCUUGCCAACGACAAAUACGAGAACGGUUAUAAUCACCCCGUCAACCUGACGUGGCCCUUCAUGGUCGCCGGUAAACCCGAGAACGAUUUGAAAGAGAUGCUCAACACCACCCGGUUGUGUGGAACAACUGCCUCGUGAUGGAACGGAUGGACAUGACAUGUUCAUUAACGUUUUCGUUACCGGGAACGGACUUUUCCAGGUGGACCAGACAUGCAUGUCAUAUCUCCUAAACCAAAUAUUGAGUGGGAAUAACCGGGAGAGUGCGCACUCUCUUGCGGGUUCACCCUACAGAGAAACGGAUUUUAUACGCCUAUUUAAAUUGUUUACAUGUUGUCUUUGCUGGUUCGAGGACAGGUUGUGCUAAAGUUUUGUAUUCGGUUUUAUACUUUUAAAAUGCAUUGUAUAAAAAUGUUGUCAUACAAGUGUGUGUGUGUGUGUGUAUAUAUAUAUAUAUAUAUAUAUAACUUUUUUUUUUACAGGUGAAGUUGUCAGUCACCGAUUUGGAAGCGCACAUGAAAAUGUGUCCGUUAUUGUAAUCGCCUGAUUGUAAUUUAGGACUAAAUAAAAUGUAUUCAUUUUAUCGUAUAAAUUAUCUCACUCAAUGUGUGUUGGACUACUAAGAAUACAAAAUUCUACAGGAUACAUGUUGUUGUUAUUGUUGGCUAUAGGGUUUUCUCCCUCUGAUCAAACUAACCCGUAGUUAUCUCGACCUUUCUCUCAAAAGGAAGGAGCCACAGAGAGCAGAGGAGAGAAUAUAGAAACGUGCGCGGCUAGAGGGAACCUAUUCCGGGUUUUUUAUCUCCAAAAGUAAGCGAUUGAUUCUUUCUCGAUAUGCUUGACAUUAGAUCAACAAACUGCUAUCAAUUCUAAUAAAUGAUCAUUUGGUAACGAAAUAAGGGAUAAUAAGGAAUAAAUCAAAUCUUCGUUUUGACGUUAAUGAAUGGCCUUAGCAGAGAGGUAUGUCGGUUUGAAGUUCAUUGUUUAACA